UGCAGAUGGAUAUUGGGGUCAGUCUUGCAAGAGGUGUGGAGAUUGUAAAGGGUCUCCCUGUAAUAAACAGACUGGACGUUGUGCAUCAUGUGCAGAUGGCUUUUGGGGUGAGUCCUGCUCUAGCAAAUGUGGUAACUGUAAAGGUUCUAAAUGUGACAAAGGUACUGGAACAUGUACGUGCAACCCUGGAUGGGCUCCGCCAAAAUGUACAGUCUGUGCAAAUGGAUAUUGGGGUCAGUCUUGCAAGAAAUGUGGAAAUUGUAAAGGGUCUUCAUGUGAUAAAAAGACUGGAAGUUGCCAGUGUGAGACAGGAUGGGCUGGACAGACAUGUACAGUCUGUGCAAAUGGAUAUUGGGGUCAGUCUUGCAAGAAAUGUGGAAAUUGUAAAGGGUCUUCAUGUGAUAAAAAGACUGGAAGUUGCCAGUGUGAGACAGGAUGGGCUGGACAGACAUGUACAGACUGUGCAGAUGGAUAUUGGGGUCAGUCUUGCAAGAGGUGUGGAGAUUGUAAAGGGUCUCCCUGUAAUAAACAGACUGGACGUUGUGCAUCAUGUGCAGAUGGCUUUUGGGGUCAGUCUUGCUCUAGCAAAUGUGGUAACUGUAAAGGAUCUAAAUGUGACAAAGGUACUGGAAGAUGCACGUGCAAGUCUGGAUGGGCUCCGCCAAAAUGUACAGUCUGUGCAAAUGGAUAUUGGGGUCAGUCUUGCAAGAAAUGUGGAAAUUGUAAAGGGACGUCAUGUGAUAAAAAGACUGGAAGUUGCCAGUGUGAGACAGGAUGGGCUGGACAGACAUGUACAGACUGUGCAGAUGGAUAUUGGGGUCAGUCUUGCAAGAGAUGUGGACAUUGUAAAGGGUCUUCCUGUAAUAAACAGAAUGGACAUUGUUCAUCAUGUGCAGAUGACUUUUGGGGUCAGUCUUGCUCUAGCAAAUGUGGUAACUGUAAAGGAUCUAAAUGUAACAAAGCUACUGGAAGUUGCACGUGCAAGUCUGGAUGGGCUCCGCCAAAAUGUACAGACUGUGCAGAUGGAUAUUGGGGUCAGUCUUGCAAGAGAUGUGGAGAUUGUAAAGGGUCUUCCUGUAAUAAACAGACUGGACGUUGUACAUCAUGUGCAGAUGGCUUUUGGGGUCAGUCUUGUUCUAGCAAAUGUGGUAACUGUAAAGGAUCUAAAUGUGACGAAGGUACUGGAAGAUGCACGUGCAUGUCUGGAUGGGCUCCUCCAAAAUGUACAGUCUGUGCAAAUGGAUAUUGGGGUCACUCUUGCAAGAAAUGUGGAAAUUGUAAAGGGUCUUCAUGUGAUAAAAAGACUGGAAGUUGCCAAUGUGAGACAGGAUGGGCUGGACAGGCAUGUACAGACUGUGCAGAUGGAUAUUGGGGUCAGUCUUGCAAGAGAUGUGGACAUUGUAAAGGGUCUUCCUGUAAUAAACAGAAUGGACAUUGUACAUCAUGUGCAGAUGGCUUUUGGGGUCAGUCCUGCUCUAGCAAAUGUGGUAACUGUACAGGAUCUAAAUGUGACAAAGGUACUGGAAGUUGCACGUGCAAGUCUGGAUGGGCUCCGCCAAAAUGUACAGCACCUAUUCCAACUACGCCAACUACGACGCCAGGUAUGUUUAUAUUAAUUUGUAAUUAUCCAGGAUAAAAAGCAGUAGAGAGUCUUGUUUCGUUCAGACUUUUGGUGGGCACAAAAUUUGGCUCGAAAGAUUUGUCGUUCGUCUA